AUGUACUCGGAGGGCAUCAAGUGCAGGAUAUUUUCCACCACGUUAACUGGACCUGCCCAGCUGUGGUUUGGGACGCUCGCCCCAAAUUCUAUUCACUCUUUUGAGGAUUUACAGACGUGUUUCUUAAGGCAGUUCACGAGCUCGCGGAGGGUUGGGAAGUCAGCUCUUUCCCUGAUGGACAUCAAGCAAGACCAGAGCAAGACACUACGAGAAUACACAGCUAGGUUCAACCUCGCCGCUCUGGAGGUUCCAGAGGCGGAGUCACAAAUUAAAAAUUGUACUUAUGUCAGAGGGUUAAAGCCGGGACUCUUUUUUGAUGAGUUACAAAUCAGACCGGCCAGGGACUUCGAUGACAUCAUGGCUAGACUGCCAGGGUAUCUACAAUUGGAGGAUGCCAGGAUGGCAAGGAAGGCAGAAAACAACAAACACAAGGCUAAGAAGGCCGAGGAUACAGCAGAGCGGUAUAACAGAAACCAGGAUCGGGCUCCUUUCAUAGGGUUGCCCCCGAGGGUACCUCCUCCCCAGGCAGAGGGACCACCCCGCCAGCAACGCACUGUGAAUGAAGUCAAUCGUUUUGACGAAUAUACUCCCUUGAACAAAUCUCCGGAGGAGAUAUUUCAUCUAAUCAAAAAUCAGCCGUUUUUCCGGGCACCCGACACUUAUCGGGAUGGGCAGCCACAACAGGGCCCUAAUAAUAAAUUGUGUGAAUACCAUAAUUCUUAUGGGCAUUACACCAAGCACUGCGGACAUCUCAAACACCAAUUGGAGUUUCUGGUGCGCCAGGAUAACUUAGAUCAGUUCAUAGCCAGAAGAAACGAGGAUCAGGUUCAGAGACCAGAGCAGAGAAAUGAGCCCCGACAAGAUCAGGGGAAUAACAGGGAUCGUAGACAAGAGGAAAAUUGGGAUAAUCGCAGAGGGGGAGUAGAGGGUCGGGUACCUCCCUUCCCGUACCGAAGAGAGGUACACAUGAUCUUUGGGGAAAAUGGGACACCCACAUCCAACAGAGCCAAGAAACAGGUUGUACGAGCAGUGAAAUCAGGGUACUAUCCCAAGCAAGUAAUGGAGAUUACGGGUGCGGCAGAGGAGCCGGUCAUCAGCUUCGGGGUAGAGGACCUGAGAACGCUUAUGUAUCCGCACGACUAUGCACUGGUAAUCACAGCUGACAUAGCCGGUUGCAUUGUCCAUCGCGUCUUCGUGGACUCGGGCAGUACAGUGAACAUUUUAUAUCUGGAGUGUCUCUAG